AGAUACGGCAGAUGGACAUUGUGACUGCCUUUCUGAAUGGGAUCAUUCUGGAGGAGGUGUACAUGAAGCAGCGAGAGGGGCUGGAUGAUGGGAGCGGAAGGCUUGCCAAGAAUGCUUGUCUGCAUGGGCUGACAAAACACAUAAGGCCUAAGUGGCAUUGGGUGAGGAGACUCCUUGAUAAGGAGGUGCAGCUGGAGAUAGUGAAGACCCAUCAGCAAGCAGCAGAUAUUUUCACUAAGCGUCUGGCGGAGGCGGAUCAUUGGAAGGGCAUGAAGCUUGUUGGGAUGAGUGUGAAUUGAGUAUGCAUGCUUGGGAUGUUGGUAUAGUGGAUGAUGUGUGUGAAAAACUUUGUGUGGUGUGUGUUCUGGAGUUUGGGAAUGUGUUUUGUGUUAUUCUGUCUGAGCAGGUGUUUGUGAUGAUAGAUCUUGAGAAGAUCUUUCCGACGCAACAAGAAUCGCUUCAAUCGGAGCAAGAACGCGAAAGCUAUGAAGAUUCAAAGUUCAUGAGCUUGCGUUACAAUUGCGGCGGUUACAAAGUGAAGUUGUGGGGUGACUCUAUAUGGAGUUGGGACCUUUGAGG